AUGAUAGGUCGCCUAGGCACGGAAGACGAGAAAGCACUUGAGCAGUCGAUCAUAUUUGCUAUACAGAACGGUUACCGCCUGAUUGACACAGCCCAGUACUAUGGGAUUGAAUCAGUCGUCGGUCGUGCGGUCAAAAAUAGCGGGGUGCCCCGGUCUGACAUCACUGUCGUGACAAAGUAUUGGGGGGAUUACCAUCACAACGUCGCCGCUGCACUGGAAAUUUCCCUCAGAGAACUCUCCCUUGACUAUAUCGACGUCUUUCUCAUGCAUUGGCCGUGGGCAAUGACGCCGGAAGGAAAUCCUCUGAAAAUCCAGGAGUCUCCUACCUUUGUGGAGACCUGGAAGCAAAUGGAGAAACUGGUAGGGGACCAAUGCAAAGGAAUCGGCGUAUGUAACUUCACCGAGAAGACUCUGAGUGUGCUACUCGAGCAAGCCACUAUAAUUCCGGUCAUCAAUCAGGUUGAGCUUCAUGCACUUAAUCCCUGUUUGAAAUUGGUCCCAUAUUGCCAGUCGAAGGGAAUUCAUGUCAUGGGUUGGGGUACCCUGGGAGGUGAUAGCCAGGUGGCUAAAAACCAUAUACUUACGGAUGGCAUUUUCACAAGCAUCGCCAAAAAGCACAAGUGCUCGCCGGGUGCAGUCUCCCUGUCAUGGGCUGUGCAGCGUGGUACAACAGUCAUCCCGAAGAGCAGUUCCCAAACGCGUGUUAUCGAAAACAUCAGUCUCAUCAGUCUAGAUGACGAAGACAUGGCCAAGAUCAAUGGUGCGCACAGCCAACUUGAACAGCACAGAAUCUGCAAUAUCCACCAUCUCUUAUGGAUUGAACUGGAUGGCAAACGCACAUUACAAGGCUGGACGGAAGUCGACUUCGGUUGGGAGGACGAACAUGGAAACUGGUUGACAUGA